AUGGAUCCUAUCCUAAUGCAAAAGUUUCAAGCCAUCAAGAAAUCCAAGAAGUCAAAGAAGCAGCAGCUUCUGGACAAAUUUUUUGUGUGUACAUUCAUAGCAUUUACUUGUAGUUUAUUCUGUUCCAGCCCUUUUUGGCUCCCCUACUUGUUUUCCUCAAUGAAGGAUUUUCUCUUCAUCUCUCUCCCAAAAACGAGUUCAAUCUUAUACAGCCCCAAACUUUUGUUCCUUGUGGGCAACCUUAUUGUUGUUGUUCUCAUUGGAGAAUCCAAGUUUUUUGCUUCAGCCUCUUCUCUUCCUGGGGAUGUGUACUAUAAUGAGUACGUUGAUCAAAGUCGAAACCUUCGAAAUUCUUCGACCCUGGCAGAGAAUAAAGAUAAUAAAAUAUUGGAACCUUUUGAGGCAAACGUGAAGAGGACUUGCCUGGUAUCAGUUUCAGGAAGACAGGUCGAGGAAAUUAGAGAAGCAAAGAUGGAGAAAAACGAUUUAGAGAGAAAAAAUGAACCCAUUUUGCCUGCUGAUCAGGAAUUGAAGAAAAGGGCAGAUGAUUUCAUUGCAAGGGUCAACAGGCAAAGGAGGCUUGAAGCUAGAUUACUACGUAAUUAG